AUGGUGAAUAUUCCGGCGAGGUUCGGAAGGAUGGCGGCGGCCUUCGACGAGAUGUCGAGAGAUAGGUCGUUCGAGAGCAGCGGCAGCGAGCACUCCGCCGAUUUGUCCGAUCUCGUCAAUUCCUUCUUCGAGAGAGAAAUUAGGGAGCAGAGAAUCGGCGGAGAUGGUGAUCGAAACGGAAAUCAAGUUGAGAUCGACGAUGAUGAAUUUGAGAGUAAUUCGCAGGAUUCCGGAUUUCAUGAUUGUUUGAGUAAAUUGUUUGAUCGUGACGACAGUGUAGGGAGAAGCAUUUCUACUGCUGUGGAGAAGGCGUUGGAAGUCGUCGGUGGCGAGGAUUCGUCGCCGGAAUUUAAUCGGCGGCUAAUGGCGCUAUUGCGAAGUAGUGGCUUUGAUGCAGGCCAAAUUUCAAAUUUUCUCAAUUUUUGA